AUGAACACGUUGAGAUGGAAAUUCGUCAUCCCGAUGAGCGCCACAGGAGCCUUAGCCGCCACUGUCGUGGCGCCGAAGAGCACUGUCAAACUCACUCGCUUACUGGACUCGUUCUUUGCAGAGAGUUGGACCCUACUCGUUGCGUCAUUCAUGAUGUUCUUUAGCGUGGUAUGGUUCAUCAUCCUUGAAACAGAGAGUUUCAGCCGAAUUCGAGUCUUGUUUGACUCCAGACCAUGGCGAAACACGCCUGAUAUAAUGGAGGACACAUCUUCGUCAGAGGAAUUCAAGUCAAAAAUAUGUUGUCCAUUUACAGGAGAGGAUGCGCACGGUACAUGUCCAAUCUGCCACUCAAUCGUGUCGUACGCUGGUUACUAUCACGGUGAUCCACCGAUGCUGCACACAAUUAUCGGUGACUCUAUACUUGAACACAGACUUGCGAUGAAAGCGAGUGAAAACGUCCGAAAACCCAAGCUUGGACGAAUCCAGCUGGACACCUUGAUAAACUAUCGGGGAAAUUUUCUUUUUGGUACGGUUAGUCCGUCCUGCAAGGGAUGCUACAUUAAGGCUUGGUGCUGGACGGUGGGCUAUCGUAUGGUCUGGCAAUCCACUAUUUUGGGCUUCAACACAAUGCUUUGUAGCUAUCUUUUCGGCGAGGAAGUGAAAGUAUUCGAUUUGAAGAGCACUUUACUAUGCUUGUCGAUGUUUUUCUCAGUUUCAACCGUUUGCAUGCUCCUAUCCAUUCUUUCGACCGCACUUGUGUUCAUAAGAGAGCACGCAUUUAUGCAGUCAGAUGCAGUACCGAAGUAUGUGCUGCAAGAUCUGGGGACAGUGCCUGAGAAGUUAAUCUCUUUGAUGGCGGAUCCGUGUGCGAAGUUCGGGUCGAAUCCAACCAAAACGUACUGGAAUUGGCUUUGGGCGAUUAAAAAAGCGUAA